UCCAGCCGCAUUAAAGGCAGUUGGCGUCGCCAUCAGCGAUCUUUUCAGUCGCAUGCUGAAGUGGUGAACGGAUCAUGUCUAGCGAUUCUGCUGAUUACAACAGCUCAAGAGAUAGAGACCAUGGGGGGCCAGAAGGAAUGGAGCCUGAUGGUGUCAUCGAGAGCAACUGGAAUGAGAUUACAGACAAUUUCGAUGAUAUGAACCUGAAGGAGUCUCUUCUCAGGGGAAUAUACGCUUAUGGUUUUGAAAAGCCGUCUGCCAUUCAGCAGAGGGCCAUCAUCCCGUGCAUCAAAGGCUACGAUGUCAUUGCCCAAGCCCAGUCAGGAACUGGCAAGACAGCCACGUUUGCCAUCUCUAUCUUGCAGCAGCUGGACAUUGAGCAGAAGGAGACUCAGGCUCUGGUGUUGGCUCCCACCAGAGAGCUGGCUCAGCAGAUCCAGAAGGUCAUUCUGGCUCUGGGUGACUACAUGGGGGCGACCUGCCAUGCCUGCAUCGGAGGCACCAACCUCCGCAGUGAAAUUCAGAAACUCCAGGCCGAGGCCCCUCACAUAGUGGUGGGUACGCCGGGCCGCGUGUACGACAUGCUCAACAGGAGGCAUCUGUCUCCAAAAUGGAUCAAGAUGUUUGUUCUGGAUGAAGCUGAUGAGAUGUUGAGUCGAGGGUUUAAGGAUCAGAUCUAUGAGAUCUUCCAGAAGCUCAGCACAAACAUUCAAGUGGUCCUGCUCUCCGCCACCAUGCCCGCUGACGUGCUGGAGGUGACCAAGAAGUUCAUGCGUGACCCAGUCCGCAUCUUGGUGAAGAAGGAGGAGCUUACCCUGGAGGGCAUCAAGCAGUUCUACAUUAACGUGGAGAGAGAGGAGUGGAAGCUGGACACUCUGUGUGAUCUGUAUGAGACUCUGACCAUCACUCAGGCGGUCAUCUUCCUCAACACCAGGAGAAAAGUUGACUGGCUGACUGAGAAGAUGCACGCUAGGGACUUCACAGUAUCUGCUCUGCAUGGAGACAUGGACCAGAAGGAGCGGGAUGUAAUUAUGAGAGAGUUUCGUUCUGGGUCCAGCAGAGUGUUGAUUACAACUGAUCUUCUGGCUCGUGGGAUCGACGUUCAGCAGGUUUCCCUGGUCAUCAACUAUGACCUUCCUACAAAUCGUGAGAAUUACAUUCAUAGAAUCGGUCGCGGCGGCCGUUUCGGCAGAAAAGGAGUUGCCAUCAACUUCGUCACAGAGGAGGACAAGAGGAUUCUUCGAGACAUCGAGACGUUUUACAACACCACCGUGGAGGAGAUGCCCAUGAAUGUGGCCGACCUGAUUUGAGACCUGAGAUCUAUCUUUAUUUUUCUUUUUUUACGCAGUGAUAGCGAUCGUCCACUUGCAUUGUGCUUAUAUUAUUCGAGGGGG